GCCGGGGCUGACCGCGCUGUCCCGCAGUGCCGGUGUCCGCGGCCGUGGCCGCUCCCCCGGACGGGGCCAUGUCCAACGGCGUGUACGUCCCGCCCGCGGCCAACGGCGACGUGAAGCCCGUGGUGUCCACCACGCCGCUCGUGGACUUCCUGAUGCAGCUGGAGGACUACACGCCCACGAUACCAGACGCCGUGACGGGGUAUUACCUGAACCGGGCGGGGUUCGAGGCCUCGGACCCCCGCAUCAUCCGCCUGAUCUCACUGGCAGCGCAGAAGUUCAUCUCUGACAUCGCCAACGACGCCCUGCAACACUGCAAGAUGAAGGGCACAGCCUCGGGCAGCUCCCGCAGCAAGAGCAAGGACAAGAAAUACACUCUGACCAUGGAGGACCUGACACCAGCGCUGGCCGAGUACGGCAUCAACGUGAAGAAGCCACAUUACUUCACGUAGGGCCCGGGGGGCUCAGGCAGUUUGUAGAGGCUGUGUUGGUGCCAUUAAACACCCAAGAGGGUUUUGUGGGAAGGCA